AUAAAGUAGACAUUCAACACGUCCAACAAAACUCAUAAUCAGGGACUCUACAGCAACAUUUCCUUGAGGUGGCAGGUAUCAAAAACCUUACGAGCGAUAACUCACUUUCAUCAUAUUUUAUUAAACAUUUUUAUCAUACUUAUUUCUGCAUUAUUUGUUUGCUUAAAACAAUAAGCUGUAAGUAAUUACACACAGUGAUUAGUGUUCUACCUCACAGCUUUCAGGAUCUCAAUAUCAGAGGACGUGAUUUCCUUAUUUGAAGAUACAAUACUGAAAGAUAUAAAGAAGGUUUAAGGCUCUUUUUUUUUUUUACAAGGAAUCUCUAGUUGAACCUGGUAUGAGUGAAAUGGAAAAUGAAACUAUAGUGUUUCACUUUAACCUCACCAUGUUUGCAGACAUAGGGUAUUACCGUUAUCCAGCAUUUGUGCUGUGCCUCCUGCUGUUUGCCCUUAUUGUCUUUGCUAAUCUUGUUAUAAUACUGAUAAUAUCACGAGAGAGAGCACUUCAUGAGCCCAUGUAUAUUUUUAUUGCCUUUUUGUCUGUCAACUCUCUGUAUGGUUCGAGUGGUUUCUUCCCAAGGUUCCUCAUGGACCUUCUGGCAGAUACUCAUUUAAUAGCACGUCCUGCUUGUUUUACUCAGAUCUAUAUCAUUUGCACAUAUGCUUCCUAUGAAAUGAUGAUUCUUGGCAUUAUGGCAUAUGAUAGAUAUGUUGCUGUGUGUCAUCCUUUACACUAUCACAGCAAGAUGACCUCUAAGACACUCUGGGGGUUGACAGCUUUUGCUUGGCUCUGUCCAGCCUUUUCUUUAGGAAUGUGUCUUUAUUUGACCAUCAGGCUUCCUUUGUGUGGUAACAACCUUGUUAAAGUAUACUGUGCCCUCUGGAAUAUUACUAAACUGUCAUGUGUUUACACUUUGAUCAACAAUAUUUUUGGCUUUCUGGUAACCACAAAUAUGUUAAUUAUUCCCCUGGUCUAUGUUUUGUAUACCUACUUUCAAAUUAUACUUGUGUGCAGGAGAAGCUCAUCUGAAUUCAAGAGUAAAGCCUUCAAGACCUGUUUGCCACAUACUAUUUCAUUUGUCAGUUAUUCCCUCUGUUUAUUUUUUGACGUUGCCUUAAGUCGUGUUAAUGUUGAAAAGUUAAACCCAUUGUUAGCUGUAAUUUUUUCAUUGGAGUUUGUAAUUGUACCUCCAAUUCUGAACCCUUUUGUUUAUGGCCUGAGGUUGCCAGAAAUAAGAAAACACAUCGUCAGUGUCACUCUCUUAAACUCUACUUAAGAGUCACAGAAUUAUUUAUAUUCUUAUUAUGAUGUUUGUGAACUAUUUUCUUUUAAAGCAGCAUGGUCUGUCUCUGACUAAGGUCUAACAGGUACAUAUGAUACAUAACAAAGAAAGAAUUUCACUGUAUUGCUAACUGUUUUUUUCUGCAUAUGCAGCCCUUUGAAUCCUUACAAAAUAAAAUUAACUGUUGUACUUCAUUGCCCCGUGUGCAGUGUGUCAUAUAAUAAGUUCAAUAAGGAUGAGUAGAACAGGGAUCUCAAACUCUCUUCCCUCUGGACUGCUACAUGAUGUCAAAAAUAUAAUAUAAUCAUGUUUUUCUAGUUGUUUCAUAUAAAUGUAAGCUUCCCCUUCAUAUAUAAUUAAAACAAAAACUGAACUGUAUUUGAAAAAAAUAUAUUUUAUUUGAUUCAAAUUAAUGGAAAAGGUCAAAUGUGUGCUAAUGGUUUAUAAGAAGAGAGCAGGUUUUCAGGGCUUUUAUUGUUGUUUGGCUGUCAGCCACAAAGAUGACAUAAAAUGAUAUAAACAUGUAUAUAA